CGCGCUCUGGCUGCGCCUGGCGGCCGCGGGAACUCAGUGCCCGUGGAUUCGCGCCGCCGCCGCCCGCCAUGCGCUUCCGCUUCGGGGUGGUGGUGCCGCCAGCCGUGGCCGGCGCCCGGCCGGAGCUGCUGGUGGUGGGGUCGCGCCCCGAGCUGGGGCGUUGGGAGCCGCGCGGUGCCGUACGCCUGAGGCCAGCCGGCACCGCGGCGGGCGCCGGGGCGCUGGCGCUGCAGGAGCCGGGCCUGUGGCUCGGGGAGGUGGAGCUGGCGGCUGAGGAGGCGGCGCAGGACGGGGCGGAGCCGGGCCGCGUGGACACGUUCUGGUACAAGUUCCUGAAGCGGGAGCCGGGAGGAGAGCUCUCCUGGGAAGGCAAUGGACCUCAUCAUGACCGUUGCUGUACUUACAAUGAAAACAACUUGGUGGAUGGUGUGUAUUGUCUCCCAAUAGGACACUGGAUUGAGGCCACUGGGCACACCAAUGAAAUGAAGCACACAACAGACUUCUAUUUUAAUAUUGCAGGCCACCAAGCCAUGCAUUAUUCAAGAAUUCUACCAAAUAUCUGGCUGGGUAGCUGCCCUCGUCAAGUGGAACAUGUAACCAUCAAACUGAAGCAUGAAUUGGGGAUUACAGCUGUAAUGAAUUUCCAGACUGAAUGGGAUAUUGUACAGAAUUCCUCAGGCUGUAACCGCUACCCAGAGCCCAUGACUCCAGACACUAUGAUUAAACUAUAUAGGGAAGAAGGCUUGGCCUACAUCUGGAUGCCAACACCAGAUAUGAGCACCGAAGGCCGAGUGCAGAUGCUGCCCCAGGCGGUGUGCCUGCUGCAUGCGCUGCUGGAGAAGGGACACAUCGUGUACGUGCACUGCAACGCUGGGGUGGGCCGCUCCACCGCGGCUGUCUGCGGCUGGCUCCAGUAUGUGAUGGGCUGGAACCUGAGGAAGGUGCAGUAUUUCCUCACGGCCAAGAGGCCGGCUGUCUACAUUGAUGAAGAGGCCUUGGCCCGGGCACAAGAAGAUUUUUUCCAGAAAUUUGGGAAGGUUCGUUCUUCUGUGUGUAGCCUGUAGCUGGUCAGCCGGCUUCUGCCCCCUCCUGAUUUCCCUAAGGAGCCUGGGAUGAUGUUGGUCAAAUGACCUAGAAACAAGGAUUCUACCUGAACUGAAAGGACUGUGUGACCUCCCCCAAGCCAACCACUUUCACCUGGGAUGACUUUCGGCUAUGCUUUGUUUUGGGGCUGUAUUUUUGAAAUACUGUACAAGAUGGCUGUGACUCACACAUGAGAAGAAGCACGAAGCAGUUAGGCUGCACAUCAGACAGAAGGGUAAUGCCUGCAGAUCCUGCUGCCUACAGGCGGACGAGGCCUUUGCUUUACAGCACUACAUGUGUUGCACGAUGGAUCCAUGACAGCACUUUCCUGUUGCACUGAAACUCUUGGCCAUGCAGAGGAAAAGAUAUGGAGCUACGUAGAUUUCAUCACUAGUGUGUGUGCGUGAGCUGGUCAGUUUCCAAAGGAGGAAAUAAGGUUAGAAGCCUGAACCGUUACAAAAGAAGGGCUCACUGUGGUCAAAAAAUGAUGGCUUUUAGGACUUGUUUUUUAUCCUGCCUCACAGUUGUUAAAGUUUGUUCCAAGGCAUCACCUUCCUUCUCUACCCAACAACCCUGUGUAACAACUAAAGUAGAAUUAUCUCUCAUUUGUUGUUGUUCUUCCUCAAAACUGCCAAACAAAGCAAAAAAUACCCUUGUUUUUUAUAGUUGAGACGUCAAGAAGUUAAAUUGAGGCUUAAUGAGCAUAGGUAGCCUGCCCAAGGUCUCAUGACCAGUCAAGGGCAAGCUGGAGUUAAUAAUCUAUAUUUAUUUGACUCAGCGCUGUUUUCCUCACAACUUGUUUUCCCAGCAUCAUGUAGUGCAUUCAGUUUUGUUUUUCUGAGGGUAUGGUCAAUAUGCCUGCAGGAGUUUCUGUAGCGAGACACAGAAUAGUGUUCUGAUCAGUUGCCAAAGAAUCUAGGAAAAUAGUUGUGUUUUGUGCAAGCUAAUUUAAAAACAUGAUGGGCUGUUUUAGACCAGAGUGGAAAUUCAUGAGAGGAACUCUACUACCAAAAGAGCCCAAACGACCAAAUCCAUGGAUAAUUGCUUCACAGCCUUGGCUAUCCUGGCUCAGCCCUCAAUUUAGUAUAAUAUGCAGUUCCUGUGCCUCCAGACUAUGCAGCUCAUCACCCUAGAUUCUACAGGAAAUACGGAGAUGAACAACUUUGCCUUCAAAAAUGUGCUGCCUAGAAACAGACCUGCAUUCAACCAACUGUAAUGCAGGAUUGGACCAUGAGUGAUAUGCUAGAAUAGAGGAAAGAGAAGUGUUUUUUUAAUUGAGAGCCUCUGUGUCGAAGGUGACUUAUAAUCAUAUCCAGUUUAAUCUUCACAAUAUCCAAUGAAGAAGGUCUCAUUAUCUCCAUGAUAAAGAUGGGGAAACUAAGGUCAGACGGGUUAAAUCAACUGUCUGUUGUCACAUGAUGAAUAAAUAGAUGAAGUGAGAUACAAAGCUAGGUUUGAUUCAAAGCCAUUACUUUCCUAAUUAAACUAUGAUGCGUAUUUAUUUUUCUGCACCUUCCUUUCUUCCACAAACACAUAUUGAUAGACGCAAGAGACUCUUAUUUAGAAGGCGUGGGGGACAAGAAGGAUACAAGCUAAGUUUCAGUGGAGCUCAGAGGACGGGAAGAUAUAACUGUGGCACUUAGGGGAGAUGACAUUUGCUUUGGGCAGAGGCAGCUGGCCAGGACACAUUUCCCCUAUAAUUUUACAAAGUUAAAUUUAUAAGCUAGCAUUAAGUAAAGUGAAGUCCAGCUCCCUUGCUAAAAAUAACUAGAGGUAAUAAUUGGUAUUCAGGUAACUCAUUUACAGUCAUAAUGUGUUGUGAAAAUUUAAUCUUAAAAAUUGAAUUUUUAAACUAUGUGGGUCUGUGAAUUUCUUUAAUGUCUAAGAAAUCCAGCUUCAUAAUUUCCAUGAUACAAAGAUCUUUUUUCAGGUGGAUUUUUACCUUUGUUCCUUUUGCUCUGAUAGACAAAAUCAGUUUAGGACUAUUAAAGAAUGUUUUGGAAUAAACUGUCUUUUCCUCAAUGAAUGGGAUGUCUAAUGUAUUUCAAAAUCACUCAAAACUUUUGGUAAAUAAAAGCAUUUAAAAAGACCUUUCUGUACAGGAUUUUUAAAAUGUUAUCAGCUUAGUCUGAAAUCUAGAAGGACAAAUUGUGUUUCCUUAUUUGUAAAGGGGGCAAUCCACUGAGCUAAAUUUUUUUUUUUCUUGUCACCCUUCCUCUUUCAAUUAACCGAUUAAAAUUGGCAGUUACAUGAUACAGGAAGUCAAAGGUGAGGGACCACAGAGAAGUGAGGAUGAAAACUUAGAGUGUGUCUGAGAAAAUCAAAGCGGAUAUUAUGCCAUUAGCUGCAUGUCACCGGUGUUUAACAAAACUUUUCAAUCACGGGUUUCUCAAAGGCAAUCAUAAGAUCUCAUUCAUGGUGAAGGAAAGUCCGAAUGAGGUUGUUUUCUUUCAGACUUGAAACAUUAUCCCUCUAUCAUUCUGCUUGCCAGCAUUAGGAAAAAUGUAAAACACAACACAAAACACUCUCUUUUGACCAUCAUUAAGGUGUGGUAAAAACCACUUGGCUUGGUGUAAGAAAUAAUGAUGAAAAAUGUGGUUAAGACUUUGGAAAUAAUGAGAAAGUAAUGAAAGGAGAGAUUUGAAAGUGAGUUAGGAAACAGGAAAUGAAAUGGAACUUGCCACACAUGAAAAAUCACUGAAGAGCUAAACGCAGAAUCAGUUGGAUCAGAAGUUAAAGCUGAAAGUAUCUUUAGAAAUAAUCUCAUUUAAUGCUUUUAUUUUACAGAGGAGCAAACAGACCUAGAGACAUCAAAUGACUUUUUCCUAUUGCAAAGAGUUGUAACUGGGACCAAAGGUAAAGGAUAAGUCAGGAAGAAAGGUUCAGAGAUUUGUUGUGAUAUUGAGAUGUCAUAGGAGAAUUAAUGGGAAUGAGAGCAGACAGUAUUGUUAGUGGGUAAGAAGUGGUGCAAGGAUUAAUAAAAAUUGGAGUAAGAGGAAGAAAAAUGGCUAAAAUGAGAAAAGCAAAGACCAGUGUCUUUUCCAAAAGAAGAAAAGGCAGGUGUUUUCCGUGGGGGUGAGGGUGAGAAGGUGUGACUAUAGAAGCAGAGGGGGAGAUUCAAGGUUGUGUGCCUGGGAAAGAGAUGUGCUGUGUCCACUUAUGU